AUGGCCAACUCCACGCGCGUCAUCUGCAGCCUGCUGUUGGUCCUCGGCCUGCUGUCCUCUCCUGGGCACUCCAAGAGGAACCGAGGCUCCCAGGGCGCCAUUCCUCACCCGGACAAAAACAAGCCGAACGAGUCGGAGCCCCAGCAGGCGGGCUCCGCGCCCCGCCACAGGCACGGCGCGUCCUCCCCGGCCGACGAGGUGCUGGAGUCCAGCCAGGAGGCGUUACACGUCACCGAGCGGCAGUAUUUGAAGCGGGACUGGUGCAAGACGCAGCCCCUCAAGCAGACCAUCCACGAGGAAGGAUGCGUCAGCCGCACCAUCCUCAACCGCUUCUGCUACGGACAAUGCAACUCCUUCUACAUCCCGCGGCACAUGCGCAGAGAGGAGGGCGCCUUCCAGUCGUGUUCCUUCUGCAAGCCCAAGCGCUUCACCAGCAUGACUUUUACGCUCAACUGUCCUGACCUGCAGCCGCCCACCAAGAAGAAACGCAUCCAGCGCGUCAAGCAGUGCCGCUGCGUGUCUAUAGAGCUGGACUAGCGCACCCACGCGUGUGCGUGUUCACAACCAGGAGAAGAAGAGAACACAAUUCCCUUUUUGCACGACAAAUUUGGACAUGCGCCAUUCAACCAUCUGGGGACAUUUGAUUUGAAUUCUCACCAAAGCCAAACGGGACUUAAACGUUUUCUAAAGGUAAUAAAAAACAAUAUAGAAAUGUUUGUUUCUUUUGUGCUCAACUUUCUCAAUAAACUUCAGCCCUAAAUAAAACAAUAUUGAACAUACGAUGUAUUUUUGUAAAAUUUGUUUGACCCUUUUAAAGGCAUUUUGUUCAGAUAA